ACAGAUCAUGUGACCUGCGCCGCUCUGAAGAAGUCGGUUGUAGCUUCUUUGCUCAGGUUGGUGGCAGGGAUCUCAGUAGAGAUGGAGGCUGUGGUGAGGAGAUUGCUGCUGCUGCUGAUGUUGGCCAACAUCUCAGAGUCUGCAAUACGAAUUUUUGCACCUUCAGAAGUCACAUUGGAGAAGCUCACCGAAGCAAAUGUCACUCUCACCUCCAGCGAAGCUGUCAACCAGUCGGUUUUAAUUCAUUGGAAUGUGACGUACAGCUCCAAGUCAAACUCCUCCAUCGUCCUACUGCCUGACCAGGUGCUGCUGCCAGCAGAGGAGACGUCAGUUACCUUCAAUGUCUCAGGAAGUGAGGUGGGUCAGGUGACCACUUACCUGCUUAGCAACAACACAGACUUCAACAGCUUGUCCAUCAGAAUCCGCUUCAUAGUCGUCCACAGCAAUAUCCUGUCUGUGAUUGGCAAUGUGAUUGGAUGGAUAUAUUUCCUGGCGUGGUCCGUGUCCUUUUAUCCCCAAGCAUUGGAAAACUGGAGGAGGAAAAGUGUUGUGGGUCUAAAUUUUGACUUCCUGGCCCUGAACCUCACCGGUUUCAUCGCGUACAGUGUCUUCAACAUCGGCCUCUUCUGGGUCAAGUUCAUACAGGAGGAAUAUCUGAAGGAGAACCCCAAUGGAAUCAACCCUGUCAGCGCCAAUGAUGUCUUCUUCAGUUUGCAUGCAGUCCUGCUCUGUUUGAUCUACAUCAUCCAGGCGUUCAUCUAUGAGAGAGGAGGUCAGAGGGUCUCCUGGACUGCCAUGUUCCUGUUGCUGGUUGGCUGGACCUUCGCUCUGGUCAGCCUGAUCUUGGCUGUGACACACAAGAUCACCUGGUUAGACUACCUCUACUAUUUCUCCUACAUCAAGCUGGCGGUUACCCUGGUCAAAUAUGUGCCACAGGCAUACAUGAACUACCGCAGGAAGAGCACUGAAGGCUGGAGCAUCGGGAAUGUGCUGCUGGACUUCACUGGUGGUGUCCUCAGUAUCCUCCAGAUGAUAUUACAAUCCUACAACAAUGAUGAGUGGAUGCUGAUUUUCGGGGACCCUACCAAGUUCGGUUUGGGCCUCUUUUCUGUGGUGUUCGACAUCCUCUUCAUGACUCAACACUACUGCUUGUACAGACACCCAAAGGACUACCAAGCUGUCCCCACCCACGAAUGACUUCGACAACUCUUUGCCUUCCUCAAUCUGUUUCCUCAACCCAUCUGCUCUGGGAUCACUUUGCCUUCUACCACUUGAAUUUGUGUUGGUUAAAUGAUAUAAAUAUUUGAAUUCUAUACAGAUUUUUAUCAUUAAAAAAUGUUUCUAUCCAAGUA